UUUUCCCCAACUUCUCUCUCUCUCUCUCUCUGUUUCUUUCUCUCUUCUCUCUCUCCCAAUCGCUAUCCCACCGAUCAGGGAAGAAGAUAGAGAAAGAGCUUCCAUAGUCGAUGUUAGACCAAGAAAAUCAGAAAUUGUUGCUCCGAAGUUUCGUUCUUUGCUGAAGCAUAAAAAUGGGCGAUGUUUUGGGUACUGACUUAAUCAGUGACCUUCCUCAAAGCAUUAUCGAGAGCAUUCUGAAUCAACUUCCAAUAAGAGAUGCUGUGAAAACUAGCAUUUUAUCAAGAAAAUGGAGGUACAAAUGGGCUUCCAUCACUCAACUUGUGUUUGAUGAAAAAUGUGUCCCUUUGUGUAAUGACCGAGAUGUUGUUGAGAAAAGUAUUGUUAAGUUUAUCACCAGGCUGCUAUUUCUUCACCAAGGACCAAUUCAUAAGUUCCAUAUUAAGAAUUUGGACUUGCAGAGUUGCCCUGAAAUAGAUCAGUGGAUUCUUUUCCUUUCAAGGAAUGAUCUUAAAGAAUUGGUUCUUGAAUUAGGAGAAGGUGAAUUCUUUAGAAUACCUUCAUGCUUUUUCAGUUGUAAGAAACUGACUCGCAUGGAGCUUUCCCGCUGCGAGUUGGAUCCGCCUCUUAAUUUUAAGGGAUUUGGGUGUUUGAAGAGCCUCAACCUUCAUCAAGUUUUGAUAUUCCCUGAUGCAUUAGAGAGCCUCAUUUCUAGUAGCCCUCUCUUGGAGAGUUUAUCACUCUCAUACUUCGAUAGUUUAGCUCUUAAAAUCCGUGCUCCAAACCUCAAGUACUUGUAUCUUGAAGGUGAAUUCAAGGAUAUAUAUCUUGGAGAUUCUCCGCUUCUGGUUGAAAUAUCCGUUUCUAUGUAUAUGCCUGAUGACAUUGCUGAACUCUUUGAGCACUUUGAGCAAAGCUCAAAUUGCAAUUUUGUCAAGUUUCUUGGUGGUGUGCCAAAUCUUGAGAGCCUUGUUGGACGUAUCUACUUCACGAAGUAUUUGAGCAUAGGUAAUGAUCCAUGGCAUCUUCCAAUAAUGUACAACAAUUUGAAGACCGUUGAAUUAUAUGAAGUAAAUUUUGAGGAUAUGAAAGAGAUACUGGUUGUCCUUCGCUUGAUUACAAGCUCUCCCAAUUUAAAGGAACUUCACAUUUCAGCUUCAUCAAACACAACAACUGCUACUGAUACCCCGGAUUUUGAUUUUUGGGAAAAAGAAUGCCCUUCAGAUCCUACACUUAGCCAUCUUAAGGUUGUGAAGUUGACAGAAAUGACUGGUGUGCCUCCUGAGUUGGCAUUUGUCAAAUUUUUGCUUGGCUGUUCACCCGUGCUUGAGACAUUGAGUUUCUCUCCUUGUAUAUUUGAUCCGGAAAUUGAAUUGAAAAUGUUGCUCGAAUUGGUCAAAUUUCGAAGAGCUUCUACGAGGGCAGAAAUUGCUUUCGCCGACGAGUAAAACUGUGGACUAUGUUAUCAAAUGCACAUUCUUUUCUAUCCUUUCUAUCAUUUCCGAUGUUCCUUCUGUUUUGGUUACUAUUAUCGUACGGUUAUGAACCUUCUUUUGAAAUACAUGUAUUACCUAUGAGACAACUUGUAAAUUCUCAAGAAAAAUUACAAAUUU